UGCGUGUGUGGGAGCUCAAAAGCAUUUAUAAUAAAUAAAAUGUGUGGCUACUCCCAAAGAAAAUAAAUAAUUAUGUUGCAUCAAAGAAAAACGGCUAAAGCGUAACAAAAGUGUGAAAAAUCGGCAACUCAACACAACAACAAAAGUAGAAAGAGAAGUAAAUAAAUAAAAAGAAGUAAAAUACGAGUUUCAAACACUCGCACGACUUAAGAGCAAUAGCCAAAAGCUCUCAGGUGCUUCACUCUUUCAUACGUUAUAUUCGCGAGUGAGUGUGUUUUCGUCAGUGUUUAAGGAAUUUUGACAAUUUCUUGUGUUGUCAGUCGAAAGUUUUAUUUCUUUCUAUACGUUUACGUUGUUGUCUUCGAUCAACGGGGAAGCUGCUGGAAUACGCGCUCACUGUGCAAACGAGAAAGGCUCUUCCAAAGGCAAAAACAAAGUCGUGUCGGUUGCCAGGAUGCAGAAAAUGCGGCAUUAGUCACAGCAGCCAACAGGAGAGGAGCUAAACAGUCACAACAGGACACUCGAAGCAGUGAGAGAGACAGAGCGGGAGAGAGAGAGAUAGUAGUCCAAGCUAUAGAGGAGCAGAAAAUUGUGUUAACUAUGCCACAGCAAGUGUAUUCGGCGCAUCCAGCGCUGGCCGCUGAGCAGCUGGCAGCGCCAAGCAGCUCCACAGUCGCCGCAGCGAGCGGCAGCGCCAACAGCAGCAGGCGAAAGAAUACGCCCAAAAAGUACACACUCAGCCGAAGCUGUGCGGCGCUGGCAGCUGCAGCAGCGGCAGCCAAAGCAGCAGCAGCAACAACAGCAACAACAACAGCAGCAACGGCAACAGCGAGUGGCAGCGAUUCGUGUCACACGCGCAAAACGCAGCCAGCGCGAACAAAUUUGGCGUCUGUGGACGAUGAUGAUGAUAUCGAGUGCGAGGAUGUGGAUGAUGUCAACUUUGGCCAGGAGCAGAGUGUGAGGCAAGCAUCGACACCAACAGCAACAACAACCAAAGACAUGGACUACGAUGAGACGGAUCAUGUGCAGUUGCGCCACAAGCGCCACAGCCGACAAAUGCCGCACAAACAGCUGGACCGAGGGGGAGGAGGUGGUGGUGGAGUGGGAUUUGCUGCCUCCACGUGUGCCGCUUCAACUGGUUCCAUUAGCGACUUGAGCAGCGUAUUGAGCUCACCAUCGGCCAGCACCGUCUCAUCGCCGCUGUCGACGCCCACGCGAACGGCGCCGUUGCAGCUGCAAUUGCAGCACAGCCAUCAGCAUUGCUGCCACAAGCAGUCGAAAGCCGCAGCAGCAGCGGCGGCGGCAGCAGCAGCAAUUGGAGCCACACACCACCACCAGCCACACCAGAAACAACAGUCGAGCAACAGUCGCCAGCAGCAGCAACAGCAACAGCAUCAGCAUCAUCAUCACCAUCAUCAUCAUCAUGCGGCGGCCGCUGCUGCUGCUGCAGCGGGCUGUGGUGCCAACGGCUCCUCCUCGUACAAGAGCAAGAAACUUGAUCCGCGCUCCAGCCCGUCGCCGUAUCGCCAGCUAUUGCCCAUUGCCCUGUGCCUGCUCUCGUUUGCGCUGGUCUUUGCCACGUUAAUUGUUUACAUGGACACGACAGAAAUCCGGCAUCAGCAAUUUCGUCUGAAUAUGUCGCGCGACUACGAGCUGAACAGCGUGGCACAAGAUGAUCCCGCACUCAUUGCAUUCCUCCGCCAGAUCCAUAUGCGCAAGUAUAUGUCUAUGGCCAAAAGCACCGCCGCCAGCAGCUCCGGGAAAGCGCCAGCAGCCAGCGCUGCUGUACCGCCCGCCGGCACGGGCAACAGCAGCAGCAGCAGCAGCAGCGGCAGCGGCAGCGGCAGCGGCAACAGCGUCUCUGAUCAGCUGGCGCAUUACGUAGCCGAGUUGGUCGGUGGCAAGCUGAAUGGUGCAGUCAUCCAGUCGUUAAGCGGGCCGCUGGCUCACCUCAUAACGGCGCCCUGGUUGAGCGACCAGCUCAAUUGGAUGGGCGUGCUGGUGGAGCCGGAGCCGCGCUGGUAUUUCGCGUUGCUCAAGCAGAAUGCGCAAAGGCAACGCAUGCAGGUGGUGCAUGCCUGUGUCUCGCCCAAUACCUAUCCCAAAGAGAUUACCAUACACAACGAGGAUGUGCGCAUAAAUAGUUUGCACGACGAGGAGACAUCGUGGUUCAACUCGCGUGUUAAAUGCUUUCCGCUCUACACAAUCAUGCUGGCAUGUGAGCGCACCGAAUACGAUCUGCUCAGCCUUGGCGUGCAGGGCCAUGAGCUAGACAUCUUGCAGACGUUGCCCUUCGAUAAGAUCAAAAUCGAUAUUAUCUCGAUACAUUUGCUGGAGGAUCAUGAGGAUGUGCACGACUAUGUGCAGAGCAUAACAAAGUUCCUAGCGGGCAAAUUCUAUAAAUUGCAGCGCAAAAUCGGACGCAACUAUUUCUAUCAGCGACUCAAUGCCAGCGCCAGUCGUACGCGCAAAAAGGAUAUAUUGCUGCUCAAAACGCCACAACAAUAACAGCAGCAGCAACAACAACGAAUUAAGCACUAAAAAUAUAAAAAAUAAAUAAAUAAAAGAAAAAAGCGAACAAAAUUUUAGAGCAGCGCAUUAAAGAAAUACUUUCGAUAAACUCAAGAAACGUUUAUGUUAUAAUGAUAAUUAUUAUAUAUACACUCGAUAUAUAUAUAUAUAACUGCAUACAUGUUAAAUAUUAUAUACAACCCAUACUGUAUAACCAUUAUGAUACAUAUAUAUAUAUAUAUACUUAUAUAUUUGCAUAUUGUAUGUUUAGUUUCUCUUUGUCUUUAAUAACAGUAACAAAAAAGUAAAAGUAAUUCAUUAUUGUUUUUUUCUCUACUUUAAUUUUUUUUUGUGUCCAAAUUGUUUAAUAGUAUAGAUUUUUUUUCUGCAAGCAUUAAUUUUGUUUAUAAUGCUUUAUUAAAAGAAAAAGAAUGGAAGAAGAAGAUAGAAAACUAGCUCUAGCUAAGGUAUUAUGAUUUUUGCUAUAAGCUAUGCUACCAUAUACUCUAUAUAUAUAUAUAUAUAUAUAUUUAACGAAAUAUAUAUAAAUAAUUUAGGCGCGCCCCUAAACUUGUCUUGAUUCAUGUAUGUAUAAAUUAAAAUAAUUUGCAACUAUUAUUUGUAACUGCUUUUUGCUAAAUAUAACUAUGUACUAGAACUUAAAUACAAUACAAAACAUAAACUAUACAACUAUAAAUUAUUAACUAAUGAAUGCUUUAUCUAGUAAAACAUAAGUGAACAAGAAGAAGCAACGACACAACAACAGAUAAACUAAAUACAACAAAUAUUUAAAUUAUAUUAAAUUAUUGAACCAAAAUACAAACCAAGCACAUUCAUAUACACACACACACACCCAU